CAGCCACUGCGCGCGCUCACUUUUUGCUCAACCCCACUGGGGCUGGAGGUGGUACCAGGAGACAAGCCAACAGACCCAUGGCUCUGCCCUGCGCCCUGGGGCUCGGGACCCUGCUGGCCCUGCCAGGGGCCCUGGGCUCAGGUGGCAGCCGGGCCAGCUCGGGCUCCAGCUCUGUCACUGUCGUGCUGCUGCUGCUGCUGCUGCUGCUGCUAGUGACUGGCCUGGUGCUGGCCUGGCGCCGCCUCAGCCACGACUCGGGGGGCUACUACCACCCGGCGGCUCUGUGGGGCCGCACAUGCCGCCUGCUGUGGGCCAGCCCCCCAGGCCUUUGGCUUCGGGCCCGGGCUGAGCCAGGAUCGCUGGACGCUGACCCCGAGGAGCGGGAGGAGGACGAGAGAGAAGCGGAGGAUGAGUCUGCCGUGGGCGGCAACGGAGGCAAGGCGGAAAGCAAGGCGGAGCAGCAGCUGUGUGCACAGGGGCCUGGCCCCGGACAGGCCCCAGAGCAGGCCGAGGCGGCCCCUGGCGACGACAGCAGCGAGGGGGGCCUGGGCCUCAGCCCCCAGGGGCCUGCGGGCUCAGGGGGCAGUGCCCAGGCGUUGCUCAGUGACUUGCACGCCUUUGCGGGCAGUGCAGCAUGGGACGAUGGUGCAGGGGCAGCCGCAGGCCGGGGCCCCCACAUCACGGCGCUCUAGAGGCCAGCCUCGGCCCUGCCACACCCCUACUAUUGUACAUCCCUUUCUGAAGCUGCCGUCACUGUUCCUGGGCAUUUGCUCCCCGCACCCCCACAAGGACUGCACCUCCCCAUCCCACCUCCCACCCUAACAGCUUCCCCACCCACAGGGAAGAGGGCAGCAUCUGAAAUAAAAGCUCGCCUCCCAAAGGGCUGUGUGUGUAGCCACCCCUCCCUCGAGGCAGGGGCUGCCGCCCAGAGAAGAACCA